GCCAUGUUGUUUAUUAUUGCUAGGCAAGGAGUUUGCUAGGUCAUCGUGAAUUCGCAAGUGCACCCAAAUUUCGACCGAAGAGAAGAGCGGAGCUGAAAAAAGAAGAAAAAUUCUACUCAAGUUGCGAAAGAUGGAAGAGUCGGAGGCCAAGGAAGGUGCUCAGGGCGUUGCCAAAGCUGUGCAGGUGGUGCUGGCUAAGAAGGACCACACUUUCGAGCUGAACAAGCAGGCCCUUGAGGACAUUUUGAUGCAGGACCAUGUCAAAGACCGGCAUGUGGUGGUCGUCUCCGUGGCCGGCGCCUUCCGCAAGGGAAAAUCCUUUCUGCUGGAUUUCUUCCUCAAAUACAUGAACGCGCAGGGCGCUGAAGACUGGUUGGGCGAGGAAGAAUCACCUCUGGACGGUUUUUCGUGGAGAGGAGCCUUGGAAAAAGACACCACUGGCAUUCGAAUGUGGUCAGAAGUCUUCCUUGUUGAUCUUCCCACAGGGGAAAAGGUUGCUGUCGUUCUGAUGGAAACUGCAGGCGAUUUUGACAAUGAAAUCGCGGUUAGGGAAUGCGCCCCUAUAUUUGCCCUCAGCACCAUUUGCAGCUCAGUUCAGAUCUACAAUUUGUCUCAGAACAUCGAAGUUUUUGAUCUUCAGCACAUGCAGAUCUUCACUGAGUACAGUCAACUGGCCUUCAAAGACUACGUCAACAAUCCAUUCCAAAAGCUGCAGAUUCUAAUCGGAGACUGGAGUUACCCUUACGAGGCCAAAUACGGUUCCGAGGGAGGACAACAGAUCUUUGAUCGCAAACUUAAGGUUUUGGCAAAACAACAACCAGAGCUGCACUUGUUGGGAAGGCACAUUACGUCAUGCUUUAAGGACAUCUCCUGCUUCCUGAUGCCCCACCCUGGCCUUCAAGUGUCCACCAAUCCCAAUUUUGAUGGCAGGCUAAAAGAUAUAGACACUGAUUUCAAACUGCAUUUGAGUGUCCUGGUGCCACUGCUGCUGGCACCAGAAAAUUUGGUCAUAAAAGAGAUAGGUGGGCAAAAAGUCAAGGCCAAUGAGCUUUUUGAAUUCUUCAUCAAGUCCUACACUCGGAUCUGUAAGGGUAGCGAGUUGCCUGAGCCUCAGCCUAUGAUGGACCGACUGAAAGCAGUCGUCAACCUUGCUGGGGAGUCUGAAGUGCCCAAUCUACAGCAGCAGCAAGCUCAAACUGAAUCCAAUGAAGUGAGGCCAGUGAGGCCGUGGAUAAGAGUCAAAUCCAAGCUCAACAGGAAUAUGAUGUACGUGCCAGUGCUUGAUGGACUUAUAUUUGGUAUCUACGAAAAGAAAACAGAAAAUUCAAAGAUCUUCAAAUGCUCUCAAGCAAAAACAACUGGUUGCCCUGCCACUGUAGAAACAGACUGCGAGUUAAAAUUCUAUUUGAUUGACCCAGCAACUACAGCUGUACACACCUGCAACCAAAUCAAAUCUAAGCAAAUAACUUCAGAGAAGGAUCAAGGUGAAGAAAAUGCAAACCUGGAGGAAAGGAACAAACAGAAGGAGAAAACAAGCACCCAGCUGGGCAAGAGACAGUCGACGGAGGACGACGAAGUCCCCACCAAAGUUCCCAACAUGAAUGCAGCCAAAAAUGAGUGAGAAGUUCUUAUAUUAUGUGACUUAAUUUUAUUUUCCUAACCAUUUGAAAAGUGGAUAAAUAAAAAUCUCAACUAAAUGUCAUUUUAAAUUAAAA